UUUUUUUUUGAAGAUAAGCAACGAUUUGUUUGGUGCAGUUCGGAUUGGCUUCGACACCAUCAAGAAUGGGGAAGAUCCUAACAAUAGUUCGAUUGUGGUUGGUGGCGACGGCGGUGGCGUUGUCCUUGUCGGCGCUCACUACCGGCCACGUAACGCCUCGCACUGUUCUUAAUCGAUUGUCUUCAAGCAGCUCGUUCUUGACCCGGACGGAGCAUUGGUUUAACCAGACACUCGAUCACUUCUCUCCUUAUAACCAUGAUAAGUUUCAGCAGCGCUAUUACGAGUUCCAUGACUACUUUCGGAUUCCAGAUGGACCAAUAUUCUUAAAAAUCUGUGGUGAAGGUCCAUGCAACGGGAUUAGCAAUGAUUAUCUAGGAGUUUUGGCAAAGAAGUUUGGAGCAGCCAUUGUUUCUCUUGAGCAUCGCUACUAUGGGAAGAGUUCCCCUUUCAAGUCAUUGACGACAAAUAACUUGAGAUAUCUUUCGUCCAAGCAAGCUUUGUUUGAUUUGGCUGUCUUCCGCCAGUACUACCAGGAUUCACUGAAUCUGAAGCUGAACAAAAAGGUUGAAAACCCGUGGUUCUUUUUUGGUGUCUCAUAUCCUGGAGCUCUUAGUGCGUGGUUUCGACUUAAGUUCCCUCAUUUAACAUGCGGAAGUCUCGCAAGUUCUGCUGUUGUUCUUGCUGUCUAUAACUUUACUGAAUUUGACCAACAGAUUGGUGAAUCUGCCGGUCCAGAGUGCAAGGCUGCUUUGCAAGAAACCAAUCGACUUGUUGAACAAAGAUUUGCAACAAACAAAAAAGAAGUGAAGGCAUUGUUUGGUGCGGGAGAGCUGGAAAUAGAUGGAGAUUUCUUUUAUUUCCUGGCAGAUGCCGCUGUCAUCGCGUUUCAAUAUGGAAAUCCAGAUACAGUGUGCUCUCCUCUUGUUCAAGCAAAGAAUGCAGGAAAUGACUUAGUGGAUGCCUAUGCCAAAUAUGUUAAAGAUUAUUACAUUGGAAGUUUUGGCACUAAUGUUCAGACUUACAAUCAGAAACACUUAAAAAACACCAGUCCGGGUGAAGAUAGCGCUGACCGGUUGUGGUGGUUUCAAGUUUGUUCUGAAGUUGCAUAUUUCCAGGUUGCUCCAGCAAAUGAUAGCAUGCGAUCCUCCAAAGUUGAUACAAAAUAUCAUCUGGAUCUCUGUAAGAACGUUUUUGGAGAGGGCGUCUAUCCGGAUGUAGACAGCACAAAUAUUUAUUAUGGAGGCACAAAAAUUGCAGGUUCAAAAAUAGUUUUUACAAAUGGUUCGCAAGAUCCUUGGCGCCAUGCAUCCAAGCAAAUUUCAUCUCCAGACAUGCCAUCAUUCCUCAUAACAUGUCACAAUUGUGGCCAUGGAACUGAUUUGCGAGGAUGCCCUCAAUCUCAUCUAAAUAUUGAAGGUGAUGCUCGCAACUGUAGCUCUCCCGACGCAGUUCACAAAGUUAGGCAGCAGUUGGUAGAAAAGAUGGAUCUUUGGCUGUCGGAGUGUCAAGCCACCACUGGUAGGAAUUAUAUCUGAAGCUCAACGAUCAAGUCCUCCUGCUUUGAAAAUGGUUUUUAAGCGAAGAUUUUUAAGCACUUAAAAGUCAUUUCGAACGCGCCUUAAAUCAUACUUUGCCUAAUCGCUGUCUGUGCAUAUUAUACUCAAAACAGAUGUUUAGUUGCUCCAUUGAGGACAUCAUAUCAAUCCUACUCUCCUCUCUUCUGAUGCAAGCAAGGAGCACGAAUUAUGUGGGCAUGUAUUUAAAUUUGCACAAUAGUAUAAAUAAUGAAUAGAUUUUUAGACCUUCAUAAACUUGACCCUCAUAUUUA